AUGAAGCUCUCGUACAUCAUCACUUUCGCCGCUGUGGUCGUCGCCUCGACCACCGCCCCCGCCACCGCCGCCACGGGUCUCACGGCCAGCAACCUCGCUGAGAAGCUGCAGGUCGGCCGUCAGCUGGGCGCCGGCGGUGGCCUCCGCGGCGCGAGCCAGGAGGGCGACCAGUCCCAGAACCAGAACCAGAACAAGCCCUCCACCGGCAACACCAGCCAGGACGAUGGCAAGCAGCAGGGCCAGGAUGACGGUGACAAGAAGAAGGACGAUGGCGAUAAGAAGGAGAAGAAGGAUGACGGCGACCACAAGCAGGAGGAGAAGAAGGACGACAAGAAGGACGACGGUGACAAGAAGGACAACAAGGCUGACAAGGAGAAGAAGCAGCAGGAGAAGAAGGAGAAACAGGAGAAGAAGGAGCAGCAGAAGAAGGAGAAGGAGGACAAGAAGAAGAGCGACAACAAGGACAAGGACUGCUUCAAAGCAUCGGCCGAGUACCUUGUUGGCUGUCGGAGUGUCUCCAUUCAUCGGCGGCCGGUUGCCCGAGGUUUGCUCGGUCAUUUGAGUCGUCAGCACCGGCGAUCGGCCGUCCACAUCAUCCAGUUCGUCCGCGAGGUUGCGCGUGAUGGGAGGCGCGUCGUCUUCCAACUCGCUCGCGAGACUGCGCGCCAGGGAGCGCGAGCCCCGCUGCGCCCCGCGGACAUCACUGCAUCUUUCGGAGUCUCGGUCAUCGGCUCGUCGAAGCUGACGUUGCGCUCAGCUAUCGGGUCAGGCUGCGGUGUGAUCAAGACCGCCGUCGAGUCGUCACCGCGCGUUCCGCCGGACUUCAUCGGAGUUGCUGGUACCGCGGAUUGA